AUGAGGCAGAGCGCCAUCUCCAAGCAGAGAGGGAGAAGCGAGCUGAGCAAGAACGCGAAUCAAGUGAAGACGCCGCAGAGACAGCCGCUGGCGUCGGCGCAUCCCGCUCAGCAGCUCGGGAAGAAGGAAGAGAAGACGGAGGGCGAGAAGAAGGAAGAGAAGACGAAUGACGAGAAGAAGGAAGAGAAGAAGGGAGCGGAGACGAUAGACACGGAGAGGGAAGAGAGGAAGAAGAGAGAGGACGGGCACACGUGUGGAGAGUCGAAUGUGGAGACGCGGGUCCAGGCGGAAGGGUUGAAGGCGGCGCAGCGAGGAAGGAGACGCGCCAACUAG